AGUGUUUUAUAACUUUUGAGCAGAUCAAUUACGAAUUCUAGGUACCGAAUUAGGUUCCUAAAAUACUUGGUUGAAUUCUGUAUUUGAAUUUUAGAUUUUACGUGUCCAUAUCUCGUGUUUGCUUUUUGGCAAGAAAACAUGGACCAUCCUUUCUUGUACAUGUUUUUCUUUUUGUCUGAUUUUUAAUUUGACGCAUUUGCCAUUUUUUCCCAACUUCUGUCAAAAUUAAGGUCCUCUUUAAAUUCUACUAGAUUACUAUUUGAAACCCUGUGUCUCAGUCUAUGGUUAAGCAUUGUUAUUGUUUUUCUGCCUGUUCACUCUUUCAUUUCUUUUGCAACACUUCAUGUAAUGGCUGAUUUGGGAAGGCUUCCAUUGGAUUCUGAUAAUUUGCAACAACAUUUAUGCACAAGUGUUCAUUAGUUUUUCUCACCAAAGGUUUAAUUUUACUUUUGAAAAAUGUUGGAAAAUUUCAAUAAUUUUGCCAAUUCUCCGUUUUUGUAUCUUGAAUGUAAGAUUUAUUGUGAAUUUAAGAUGACCUACUAUGUUUCAUGGUCUCUGUAUAGAGCUUCUGCAAGACUUGCAAGGGAAGAAGAGUGGUGAAAGGAACAAAAUCAAUCAAGUUGGAUAUUAUGCCAGGUAAUAUUGGGAUUUUAAGAAAUUGACAGUUUCCAGAUCCAAGGAAAAAAAAAAGGGAGCAUUGGAAAUUAUGAUUAUGCAUGGCUAAUUAUGUUGUUUAAUGCCCCCAUAUUAUACCAUGCAGACCUCCCUCGAUGAUUAAGACAUACUGGUCUCUCCCUCUAAAUUUAUAAAUGUUAUCACGUACUUCUUCUCUGAUAUAGAAAGUAUAAGAGAUCCUAGAUAACUUACAAGUAUUUAUUUUUUGGUUUUAGGACUGUUUUUUGGUGAUUAGCAACAAAAGAUAUAUAAGCUCUCUUAAUAUUGGUCAGCCAAGAAAUCCUUUAUUUCUUAAUUCAGGGUUUUGAAGAAUCCAUGGCCUCUUGUAUGGUCAUUAUAUAAGGCGAUGUUCCUAGGCUUGUCAUCUCUCACAAUUACGCUAGCCUCAUUAUCAACCUUUAGUCCAUGUUGUUCAUCAAUUUGUUCCUGCCUCAUGUUUUUUGUGGGUGUGGAUGGUUUAAAAUGUCACCGAGUUUGUUGGCAUCUGCAGGAGUGGACAAUAAUGAAACUAUGAAGGUGCCAAGAAGUGGUGGAGCAGACCCUGAUGGCAAUCAACCUGGAAAUCUUUAUGUUACUAUUAUGGUGAGAGAAGACCCUGUUUUCCGAAGAGAAGGGCCCGACAUUCAUGUUGAUGCUGUUUUGAGUAUCACUCAGGCAAUUUUGGGAGGAACAAUUCAGGUCCCAACACUAACAGGAGAUGUUGUUGUUAAGGUCCGCCCUGGCACCCAACCUGGUCAAAAAGUUGUUCUGAGGAAAAAAGGGAUUAAAGUAAGGACUGGUUUUUCGUUUGGAGAUCAAUACGUGCACUUCAAUGUCAGCAUCCCAACGGAUUUGACACCGAGACAACGAGAACUAAUUGAAGAGUUUACUAAAGAAGAGCAAGGGGAUUUCGAUAAGGGUACUGCUGCAGGAGCAUCUAGGUGA